GUAGUAAACAAAUCCUUAUUCAUUCAAUCUUUCGGUUUCUGGUAGCGUUGCGGAGUUCGAUACGCGCUGCAUACAGACAUUGACGAAAAACCCCGAUAAAUAUAUACGGUGCGUCCGAAAAAAUCAUGACCCGUUGCCGAUAUUAUAUAAUUUUUGUGCUAGUUAUUUUUAUUAGUGUUAUUGUUGGCGAGGAUGUUAGUCAAGAGGAGUCUUUCGAGGAUAAUAAUAGGGAAGUCAGAGAACUUGAUCAAGAGAGAUGGAGAGUCAUAGAUAUCCUUCCAGAAGGUGACGCUGACUGGAUUCCCAAAGAAGACGUACAAAAUCCCAACCAAAUGAAACUAAAGCGUCGAAGACUUAGAAAACGGAAAAGAAGACCACCCCCAGCAGACAGUUCUGAAGAAGUACAGUUUGUCAGAAGAAGAGUGCGACCCUACCGACUAGAACCUUGGGAAGAUGUUAACAUGGAAGACAUGAAACCCAAUAUACGACGAAGAUUACCUCCACAGUAUACAUCUUCAGAAGAUACUAGUGAUAGUGUUAGUGAGGUUCAGGACAGUUAUAAUAAAGAGAAACCAGUAGAACCAGUGGUUGAACAGAAGAAAUUUGAACAGCCCGUAACACUUAGUUCAAUACAGGAUUUGAAGAACUUGUUGAAACAAUCUGGAGGUCAACUUAGUUUAAGCGAACUUUUACAGCAAAAAAAUCUGUCUCUGUCAGAACUUUUGUCAGGUAAUGAGAAAGCAAUAUCAGCUCUUACAGAAAGAUCAAAAACAACUGCAUUCCUUUUAGAAUCCACGACUGAAAUAACAGUUAACAAUAAAUACAAAAGACUACCUCCUUCAAUUGGUUUACGAAAAGACUUUAAUAAAAACGGUGCAGCAGAAGAUACAGUCGCUGAUAGUCUUUCUGAGAGAGAACUCAUGGAAGCUCAAAGAAAGCGGUUUGCGAUUCUUCAACCGAAAGAAAACAAAAUGUAUGCGAAUAUAAUAAAGUUUGAUGUUAUAACAGAACCUACAACUGAAAGGAGAAUUUUUAUACCAGCAAGAACAAAACAGUCUGAAAAACAUCUACCACCAUUAAAAGAAAAUAUAGAAAUGGAAAGCACAGAUGAACCAAUUAUUUCAAGUCCUAAAUUGUUAGCUUCCACAACUACUACAAUUAAAUAUAGUCCUAGUACUAUCUUCGUUCCAAGCACUACGCCAAGAUUGAUAAGAGCCAGAUCAAAGUUACCAACAACUAAUGCUAAACUGAAAUUAUCAACCAAACAAUUAUCGAAUGACGAAAAACAACGUCCUCCAUCUUUGGAAUUUAAUAAACCUAUUCCAAUACAAAUAAGUGAAAUAACAGGCUUAGCUUUCAAAAAUAUUAAGCGAAAUGAACAACAAGCAGAAAAACCCACGAAAAUAUCAAUAGAUUUAGACAAUCACGAACAUCAAUCCAAUGUUAUACCUUCCACAGCACAUGAACCGAUCCAUCAAGAAACAGAAAUAAAUUCUGGCUAUCAAAAUGAAACGUACGUCACAGCCAAACAAGAAAUUAUGGAAGUUAUGAAAGAUCCAGAAAGCCGGGAAAAGUUAUCUAGAAUUCUAGAAAACAGGAACAUGACUUUGGACGAGUUGGUCGAACAGAGAGAAAGAGGUUCCAGUCAACGCCAUUUAGCAGAUAUAUUUCAUAACAACACUAGAGAACCGGAACCAAAAGAUGAACCGCAUGUAGGUCAUAUCAAUGAGGAUUUUUUUACCAACGUAAUACCAACGAACAGACAAGGAAAAAGUACUCAAAUAAAGACUCCACAAAUGGAAGCAACGACGCAGUCUGCAACAAACGAAUCAAAAACCACGUUUUUUAAACAAAAAGAAGCAUUUCCUACAGUAGGGCUAAACUUUGAUAAACAAGAAACGUUUCCAUGGAAGCAGUUGUACCCUGAUCUGUUUCCAGACUCGAAAGAAGAAGUCGAUGACUCUUCUAAUGAAAUACACAAUAAGAUCCAAAGAAUUGAUCUGGAUGAUGCGUAUGCAACACAUUUUACAGAUGAAGGAUUCUUCAUAAAUUUUCCAUCGGGAGUCAAAUCUGCUCUAUUUGUUAGUCUAGCUAUCAUAGCUUUAUCCAUUGUGGUAUUUUUGGCCAUAUUGGUUGUGUUUAGGUGGAUGAACAAAAAGAAUAAGUCACUGAAUUAUUGCAGUAGCUUGACAACAAAGUUUAGACCGCCUAUGUUACAAGGACGACCAACGACAGCCAUAAAGACAUUCAUGAAUGAAACGUUGGGAAGGAAGAAAAACUAUUACAAAUCAAAUCUGCAGAGUAUGUCUGACGAAAUCUGGGAUGCAAAUAAACAAAGAAAAGAUUCUUUCUGAUUAUUGCAGUUUUUCUUUUUAUAAUUUAAAAUGAAAAAUGGUUAUCAGGUAAUUUGGGAAAGAUCAGGGCCAUUUUACUAUGUUAUGUGAAAGGGACAUAUACUAUUAAAGAUUCGUGUAAGAGAUGUACUUAUGUACCCCACGAGAUUUUGAAAUAACUAUAUUUAUGUUAUUUGGUCUUUUAUUUCUAUUAAUGGGACCAGUUAAUGGCAACCAGUGUUUCCCUAGUGAAUAUUUUAUAUUUAUUACAUAAAUAAUACACUCGUGGACAAAAUUAUUGAAUAUCUUAGAAUUUUGAUUAAUCCAACCAUUUAAAUGUUUUGUACUGGUCUCUCUCUCUCUCUCUCUCUCCCUCUCCCUCUCUCCUCUCUCUCCCUCUCUCCCUCUCUCCCUUUCCUUUAAUACUGGUUGGGUACAUCAUGCUCAAAUACUCACUAACAAAUUUUCUACAUUGGUCCCUAUCUUCAGCUGUUCUAAGGAUUUCGCAGAAUGGUCAUACCAUGUGGUUGGUGACUGUCUAGAACGUUUCCAGAAACAAUUAAUCUCUCCAAAUUAUCGUCACCUCUGCGAAGACGUUACCAAAGAACUGUAGAAUUCGCCGCAGACAUGUUGUGGACAGCAUUUUUUAAUGUCAGGUUGGUUUAGAAUGGAAACGUUUAUCCGAUGAGCUGUCCCAGCAUUCUUCUUCAACACCAAGUCUCAAAGGCAUACAUUUAAUUGCAUUAUUGAACGCGAACAGUCCAGGACUCUGCCCCGUAUAGAAAUAUUGAGAAUAUAAAUGCAUUCUUUUUCUUUUGAGAGAUAGAUCUAUCUUUCCUGACUUUAGUUAGGCGGCUCAUCGUAUUUCUAGAUAUCAUCAACAUCAUCAUCAGGCAACCUCUUCCGUCCAUGCUGGACAUAGGUCUCUCCCAUUUUUUUGCUACUCUCCACGGUUCUGUACGUCUUGUUGCCAUUUCUUGGACAUUCGUUUAAUGUCGUCCUACAGCGUCUUGGUGGUCGUCCUCUGCUGCGUUUGUCUUCUAUUGGGCGCCAGUCAAUUAGUUUUCUGGUCCAUCUUGAGUCUCUUAGUCUCGCUGCGUGACCUGCCCAAUUCCAUUUCAGCUUGGUUAUGCGUUCGACGACAUCAAUGAUACCUGUUCUUUUCCUCGGGUCUUGGUUCCUUAUUUUAUCUUUUUUGCCACGCCGAGAAUCGAUCUUUCCAUGCGCCUUUGUGCCACUCGCAUUUUUAGUGCUGUUGUUUUUGUGAACGUGAGAGUUUCUGCUCCGUAUGUCAUAAUAGGAAAAACGCAUUGGUCAAAUGUCUUCCGUUUCAUAGCUAUAGGGACGUGGCUCUUAAAGAUGUCUCUUAACAAACCAUAGCCCGCCCAAGCAAGUGUUAUUCGUCGUUGAAAUGCACAAGUCUGACUAUCCUUGCUUUUAUUCUGACUUCAUGGUCGAGAUAUAUGUACUUUUCUGAAAAUUCCAGCACUUGAUUUUGGAUGCUUAGGUGUUCACUGGGAACUAAAUUUGUCAUAAAUUUGGUUUUACUGAGGUUCAUUGUUAGAACUAUUGUUAAACAUACAUUUUCUAAUUCUUGUAGCAUUUGUUAUGCUUCACCCUGAUCUUCGGUGAACCUUCAUACCCUUCAUUUUAAAAGCUAAAUAUUAAGUACUAAAAAUUCCUCCUAAAUGUGCCAAUAGCCUUCCUUACAAAUCUUUAAUUUUCAAAUCUACUGGGAGACAUACGACAUAUUUUUUCUAAAUGUGUUGAAUCUCGUGAAACAAAUAUAACUGUUGCAAAAGGUGUUCUUUUUAACAUAAAAAUUUACUUUUCUAAUUUAUUUUAUUUAUGUGAUUAUAUGUGCAAUAUUAUAAAAGUUAUAUGCUUAGGCUUAACAAGUGGUAGUUGUGUCUUUUUCGAUUUGUAUUAUUUAAUAAUUUCUUCUCAUUAUUUUUAUUAUCAACAUCAACAUGGUCGGAAAAUUUUAAAAGCUAAAUAAAGCAUAACAGGUUUAUGUUUCUAAAAGUCGAUUAUUACAUACAACAUCAAAGGAAGUAUAAACAAUUUUUCUUAAUAAUAUUUUUGUAAAUAAUUUUGGAAGAUAUAUUCACGAAACUGUAGAAAAAACUUUCUUGUAAUUAAGAAUAAUAUUUUAUAAAUGUUUGACAUCGGUUGUACUAGCAUAUGUAAAUAUUUUCUUUGUAUGUUAAACUUAAUUUCGUAUGUUCUGAUAUACUUAUGCACAUCCCAUUUUAAAGAAAGAUGUGAUUAAAUGAGUAAAAUGGAAAAAACACAAUGGACAGAUCAGGUGUUUUGAAGCUAUAUGAUUAGAAAUUAUUGUCCUUACUUUUGAAUGGCCACCUAAGAGGCGGAUAUGAAAGUUAUUACAAUGUUGGGGAACAAUAUUAUAAAAUUAGAGCAGAAAAAGAAAACAUAAAAACGCAUAAAACCUGGAAGGCAAUUUAUUAUAUUUGACUCUGGCUAAAGAACACAAUCUCAUAAACAAUAAUUAUAAACUAGUUUGAGACUGUAUUAGACCAACAACUGAGAAAAUCAUAUGAUCAAACAUAAUAAUGUCGAUAAGACAACUUUGGAAUCAAUUUUUAUAGCUGGUUAUUAAUUCCGAUUUCAUUAUUUUUCCCUA